AUGACUUCCCUCUUUCUUGCCCUGCUGGCGUCCGCCGCGGCGGCGCCUGCCACGAAAGGCCGCCCGCGCGCGACAGAGCCGCCUAGCCCGCCCGCAACCCCCCCCAAGAUUCGGUACGUUGUCACCGAGGAAAAGCAGACCAACGUGGCGACGACCAAGGGUGGCGCGCGAGCUCCAAGCAAGGUGGCGCAGAUGGCGGAUGUUGUGGGCGGAGAGGUCAAGAAGACAAUCGAAGCAGCCCUCAAAACCCUCACAGUGGUCGAAUUCGAGGACAACAGCACGGCGCGAGCCUUCCAGGACCAGGCGGAGCGCUCGGGGCUAAGGGUCGAGGAGGAUCAGCAGCGCUUCCUAGCAACAAGCUCGGCCUCGGCUUCGCGGAAGCGGCAGCUAGCCGAGGGAACGCCAUGGGGGAUCGAGCGUGUGUACAACGAAGCGGUGCCGGACGCCUCCUUCUUCCCGUCGGCGGGAGUGGUCGGUGUCUAUCCGGGCGCGCCUGACCUGAAGAUAGUCAAGGUGUUUGGGGAGGUCGGCUUGCUCGACGACCCCAGCACGUGGCUGGUGAAUGAGGCGUGUGGCUGGACCUAUGCCUCAGAAGUCGUCGACGCGGCUCAGCGAUGUGUCGGCAGCGGAGCCAAGAUCCUCUCGAUGUCGCUCGGAGGUGGGUUUUCGUCGGACUUUGAGCGUGAUGCCUUCCAGAAAUUCUUUAAUGACGGCAUCCUCAGCAUCGCGGCCGCCGGCAACGGGGGAAGUAGCAGCUAUUUUUACCGGGGGUCCUACUCCUGGGUCAUGAGGGUUGCCGCCCCCGACAGCAACAACGGGAAGGGGGGGUUUUCGCAGUACAACGGGGGGAUUGACAUCGCUGCCCCAGGGGUUGACGUCGUUUUGACUGUGGGCCCCCCGAGCUACACUGGGGUGGGCCCCCCGGGUUACGGUUGGAAGAGGGGGACCUCCAUGGCCGCGCCGCACGUUUUUGGCCUGGCAAUGGUGUACCCGUCCUUUGACAACGCCGACAUCCGCACGGCGCUUGAGCAAGGCGCCGAGGAUUUGGGCCUGCCGGGCAUCGACGACUACUAUGGCCAUGGCCUCGCCAACUACCAGGGAGCCGAGAUGAGGCUCUUGUUCGACAAGCAGGCGCCCGUGAGCGACCUGUCAUACGCCGACAGCACGACGGGACGGCCGUGGGCCGAGUGCGGCCAAUACACAAGCCAGUGGUGGGGCGUCGACCUCGGGAGCGAGGUGUAUGUGCGCUACGUGCGGCUGCAGAACCGCAACGACUGCUGCGCGGAGCGGCUGACGGACGUCGACAUCUAUCUCGGCUCGACGGCGGAGACGUACACGGGCAACGCGCUGGUGAAGUCAGACGUGAGCGUGUUGUCGAACGUGAUGUUGGAGGUGGAGAUCAACGCGUUGGGGCGCUACAUCUACCUCAACCGGCCGUCUGCGGCGGGGCUGACGGUGUGCAAGUUCUACGACUCGAGCUUGUUCGACAAGCAGGCGCCCGUGAGCGACCUGUCAUACGCCGACAGCACGACGGGACGGCCGUGGGCCGAGUGCGGCCAAUACACAAGCCAGUGGUGGGGCGUCGACCUCGGGAGCGAGGUGUAUGUGCGCUACGUGCGGCUGCAGAACCGCAACGACUGCUGCCCACAUCGUCUGACCGGCAUUGACAUCUAUCUCGGCACGACGGCAGAGACGUACACGGGCAACGCGCUGGUGAAGUCAGACGUGAGCGUGUUGUCGAACGUGAUGUUGGAGGUGGAGAUCAACGCGUUGGGGCGCUACAUCUACCUCAACCGGCCGUCUGCGACGGGGCUGACGGUGUGCAAGUUCUACGUUUACGGAUACGUGUGA